UGAAUCAAAAGAACAAAGGUUCUGGAUGUAAGUCUGCUCUAGAGGCCCUUCAGAACUGAAAGAGUCCAGCAGUGUGCAAAAUUUUUUAAGUCUCUUUGUUUUGUUUUUUUAAUUCCAGAUUUUAUGAUGGUGGCCAACAACACAUCACACCUCUCCUCUGACUGCACCCCGCACCACCAAGUGAUUCUAAAUGAGGCUGUCUCGCUCCUCUUCUUCUUCUUGUUCCCCGCUGCAUUACUGCUCAAUGGUGUAGCGGCGUGGGUGUCUUUGCACCUCCACUCCAACUCCACCUUCAUUGUGUAUCUUAAAAAUCUGGUGGCCGCUGACCUGCUCAUGACUCUGACGCUCCCGACGAUGGCAGCUAGCAUGCUUCCUGGAGCAGCAGUUGAGUUAAAGGUCUUUGCCUGUCGUUUCUCUGAUGUCAUUUUCUACUGCUGUUUGUAUACAAGCAUUGCUUUUAUGGGUCUCAUCAGCCUGGACCGAUUCUUCAAAAUUGUUAGACCACGUGGAAAGAUGCUAGGACAAAAUGUGGUGUUCAGUCUUGCAUUGUCUGCCUUGGUUUGGGUGAUGAUAUUUGGUUGCACAGCGAUUCCAACCAUCAUUCUAACUAACCAGGAUCCUGUUAAUGUGACAGGAGAUUUCUGUAUGUCUCUGAAAGGUUCAGCUGGUUUGACACUUCACAAGUUUGUAGUUUUAUAUAUGGAGAUUCUUUUCUGGCUGGUCAGCAUGCUGAUUGUGUUCUGCUACAUCCGCAUCACCCUGAAAGUCCUGCAGUCCUUCAGGAACUCUGGGAGCAACAACAGCCAUGGGAAGAAGAAAACCAAACUACGAGUCUUCUCGAUCCUCCUGGUGUUUUUCGUGUGUUUUGUGCCUCUCCACAUAAUGCGCAUUCCUUUUACACUACACGAAAUCUUUAAUGUCGAUGUCUGUACACAGAAGUGGCUGCUGAUAGUUCAUUCAUUAGCCCUGUGGGUCUCUACCACGAAUGCCUGUCUGGACCCUCUUCUCUACAUCUAUCUGUGCAGGGAGUACAGAGACAAACUGGCUGACAUGAUGAAAGCUAGAGGGAUCUGUGUUGGGUUAUUUUCAGGUGCAAAUGAUGAUGUGUCACAGUAGAAAAAAGUACAUUGUUAAGCAUUAAAAUUAGUUCCUUUAAGAAGUUAGAGAUAAAUAAGAUGUUAAAAUUAGGCUGUUUUGUUUUAUGGAGAGAAAAGGAUGAAUAACUCAGGAAGCAAGAGAAGCUUGGAGUAGUAACUUUAUGUUGUACCAUUGCCCUAUGUUGCCCUCUAGUGAUCUAAUGCAUAGAUUAGCAUCUAUUGAGGCUAAAUAGCCACUAAGAGAAACAUGGUAGAGAUAAAUACACAACAUAUAAAUAUGAUGAAGAACAUGAGCUGUAUUCUUUCUUUCUUUCAUAAUCCAACACUAUGUUUUAAUCUCAUA